CUUAAAGGUACUGCGCCGCAGUCGCUUAGUUUCUUAAAGAGAAGUGGUGCAACAGGAUCAAUGGGCAGUUCCAGCUGUAACAAUGAUGAGUCUUCCCUGGGUACUCCAUUCAUUUUCGAUACCAUUUUAGAUGAAGAAGUGCAUACCCCUGUUCUCCUAACUUCAGAUCAAAGUGUUUCUGUCAAUGGAUCAAUACCAUCAGAGAAGCAGUGUUCAUUUACCCAAGCACUUAUUAAUGGAAUCAAUGUUCUGUCCGGCAUAGGACUCCUUACAACUCCUUAUGCAGUGAAAGAAGGAGGGUGGUUUAGCCUCACAUUACUCAUAAUAUUUGGAAUCAUUGCUUGUUAUACUGGAGUUUUAUUAAAAAGAUGUUUAGAAAGCUCUCCUGGCCUACAAACUUAUCCUGAUAUCGGACAGGCCGCUUUCGGUGUAGCCGGUCGCUUAAUGAUAUCUGUGAUUUUGUAUGCAGAAUUAUAUGCGGCGUGUGUGGAGUACGUAAUAAUGAUGAGUGAUAACCUGUCGAUGAUUUUCCCGACCACCAACAUACAUUUUGCGGAAAUAUAUCUGGAUGCUCCUCAAGUAUUUGCUAUCAUAGGAACUCUCAUUAUUCUCCCAACUGUUUGGCUUCGAGACCUUAGCUUGCUCUCAUACAUUUCAGUUGGUGGAGUUGGGGCAUCAAUCUUAAUGGUGCUUUGCUUGUUAUGGGUUGGAGUCGAUCAGGUCGGGUUUCAUCGAGGUGGAACUGCUCUUAACCUUGCAAACCUUCCCAUCUCAGUUGGUAUAUACAGCUUCUGCUAUGCCGGCCAUUCCGUUUUUCCAAAUAUAUAUUCUUCCAUGAGAGAGCCCUCACUUUUUCCUUUUGUUCUUAUAGGCAGCUUUAUGUUUUGUUGGACCGUUUGCACAGGGGUAGCUAUCUCUGGCUUUCUCAUAUUUGGUGACUCAGUUGAAUCUCAAUUUACUCUAAACAUGCCCAUGAAAUUCUUGGCCUCGAAAAUCGCAGUCUGCACUGUGGUUAUCAUAACGGUAUCAAAAUAUGCCUUGACACUUACGCCCAUUGCUUUGAGUCUAGAAGAACUUGUAUCCUCCACAUGGUUUAGAUCUUAUGGUGUUUCUAUACUCAUAAGAACAGCUUUAGUGAUUUCAACUUUAGUGGUUGCAAUGACGGUUCCCUUUUUUGCUUUUGUGAUGGCAUUGGCAGGAUCUUUGCUUGCAAUGCUGAUUACUAUCAUCUUUCCAUGUGCCUGUUAUCUCAGCAUACUUGGCGAUAGAUUAAACAAGUUACAAAUAACAGCCUGCAUUUGCAUUGCUGCUCUAGGACUGGUAAUCGCUUGUCUUGGUACAUAUUCUUCGAUCAUAAGAAUAGCUGGCCGACUCGAUUGA